AUGCCCAUCAUCUCUGCUGCCGCUAAGUGCCUCUCCAGCCCCGGCCCCUCAUGUGCCCAGCACAGCCCCUCAUGUGCCCAGCGCAGCCCCUCAUGUGCCCAGCCUGGCCCCUCAUGUGCCCAGCGCAGCCCCUCAUGUGCCCAGCCUGGCCCCUCAUGUGCCCAGCGCAGCCCCUCAUGUGCCCAGCCUGGCCCCUCAUGUGCCCAGCGCAGCCCCUCAUGUGCCCAGCCUGGCCCCUCAUGUGCCCAGCCUGGCCCCUCAUGUGCCAAGCGCAGCCCCUCAUGUGCCCAGCGCGGCCCUUCAUGUGCCCAGCCUGGCCCCUCAUGUGCCCAGCGCAGCCCCUCAUGUGCCCAGCGCGGUCCCUCAUGUGCCCAGCGCAGCCCCUCAUGUGCCCAGCGCAGCCCCUCAUGUGCCCAGCGCAGCCCCUCAUGUGCCCAGCGCGGUCCCUCAUGUGCCCAGCGCGGCCCCUCAUGUGCCCAGCCUGGCCCCUCAUGUGUCCAGCCUGGCCCCUCAUGUGCCCAGCACAGCCCCUCAUGUGCUGCCCAGCGCAGCCCCUCAUGUGCCCAGCGCAGCCCCUCAUGUGCCCAGCGCAGCCCCUCAUGUGCCCAGCGCAGCCCCUCAUGUCCCCAGCCUGGCCCCUCAUGUGCCCAGCGCAGCCCCUCAUGUGCUGCCCGGCGCAGCCCCCUCAUGUGCCCAGCGCAGCCCCUCAUGUGCCCAGCCUGGCCCCCUCAUGUGUCCAGCACAGCCCCUCAUGUGCCCAGCGCAGCCCCUCAUGUGCCCAGCCCAGGCCCCUCAUGUGCCCAGUGCAGCCCCUCAUGUGCCCAGCCCAGCCCCUCAUGUGUUGCCCAGCGCAGCCCCUCAUGUGUUGCCCAGCGCAGCCCCUCAUGUGCCCAGCCCGGCCCCUCAUGUGCCCAGCCUGGCCCCUCAUGUGUCCAGCCCGGCCCCUCAUGUGCCCAGCCUGGCCCCUCAUGUGUCCAGCCUGGCCCCUCAUGUGCCCAGCCUGACCCCUCAUGUGUCCAGCCUGGCCCCUCAUGUGCCCAGCGCAGCCCCUCAUGUGCCCAGCCCAGCCCCUCAUGUGCCCAGCCCAGCCCCUCAUGUGUUGCCCAGCGCAGCCCCUCAUGUGCUCAGCCUGGCCCCUCAUGUGUUGCCCAGCGCAGCCCCUCAUGUGCCCAGCCCGGCCCCUCAUGUGCCCAGCCUGGCCCCUCAUGUGCCCAGCCCGGCCCCUCAUGUGCCCAGCCCGGCCCCUCAUGUGCCCAGCCUGGCCCCUCAUGUGCCCAGCCUGGCCCCUCAUGUGCCCAGCCCGGCCCCUCAUGUGCCCAGCCUGGCCCCUCAUGGUGUCCAGCCUGGCCCCUCAUGUGCCCAGCACAGCCCCUCAUGUGCUGCCCAGCGCAGCCCCUCAUGUGCCCAGCCCAGCCCCUCAUGUGCCCAGUGCAGCCCCUCAUGUGCCCAGCCCAGCCCCUCAUGUGUUGCCCAGCGCAGCCCCUCAUUGUGCCCAGCCCGGCCCUCAUGUGCCCAGCCUGGCCCCCUCAUGUGUCCAGCCUGGCCCCUCAUGUGCCCAGCCUGACCCCUCAUGUGUCCAGCCUGGCCCCUCAUGUGCCCAGCGCAGCCCCUCAUGUGCCCAGCGCGGUCCCUCAUGUGCCCAGCCCAGUCCCUCAUGUGUUGCCCAGCGCAGCCCCUCAUGUGCCCAGCCCAGCCCCUCAUGUGUUGCCCAGCGCAGCCCCUCAUGUGCUCAGCCCGGCCCCUCAUGUGUUGCCCAGCGCGGCCCCUCAUGCACUCCACAAAGGAUACCAGCAUUUCCUUUGUUGCCAGUGUGCCCCUGAAUCCAGUUCAUAUGAUUUUGCUGUGUAG